CGUCGCUCGCCGGCCGCUAGUACUCGACUACGCGCCAAAGAAAACGCAGAUUUUCCAAUUUUCAAUUCCCGGAAAGUUUAAUCUUAACAAUUUUUUUCAGUGCUGUGUUUUUUUAUCUAUCAAAGAAAUAAAUUCGUGUUUGUAUCCUCUCUGAUCGUUUAAAAAUACCGAAAAUCAUAAGUGUCUCAGUUCUAUAAAUAAUCAACUGUUUUGUUUUCGUGCAAGUGUUUUUAUCUGUGUCUGAAGUAAUAAAAAAGAAAUUAACACAUCCUUUACUACGUCUAUCGAGGCAACUUGGAGAGAAAAUGUGAAGUAGAAACCCCUUAAUGACUGCAUUUCAGCAGCCGAUAUAGUUUGGGAAGAAUUGCAAGCCAAUGCAAAAUAACAACAUGGCACUGCCGAUGCUGAGGCGUUGCUGCGGAUGUCUCUCUUUAGAAAAAGGUUGUCUAGUCCUGUCUAUCCUGUCAACUUUAUGCUGUAUAGCGUACAUCAUAGCGGGCUCAUGGUAUUUACCGCAAAACCAUGAGAGGAAGCCCGAAGAUAACUUGAUCUCUAUGACCAUUGUGAUGUUUGGUACACUCUCUGCGAUCAGUAAUAUAGUGGCGCUGAUGGGGGUUACUCUACGUCGACCAGGCUGCCUGCAACUGUCUCUGCUGUUCAACUCUGUGUUCAUCCUGUGUAUCUUCCUGGUGGCGGUGGUGACCUGCCUCUUCAGCCCCGAGUUGGAGCCAUACAUACAGCAGCCUGGAUAUCUGGCACUCAUCAUCAUACUUAUCAUUGCUAAAGCAGUAUACUACGCAUAUUACCUGAUCGUCGUUAACAGCCUCUACAGAAAAAUGAAGAUGUACAACGAUACCGCUUUGCCAAUGUAGAAAAGUUUUCUAUACAAUCAAAGUUUAUAGAUGACUUGUCUAUACAUCUGAAGUUUAUGGAAAACUUGUCAUUAAAAUCGACGUUUAUAGAAGAAUAAUUGUCUGUACAUUCGAAGUUUAUAGAAGACUUGUCUAUGCAAUAAACCUUAUAGAAGAAUACUUGUCUAUGCAAUCGAAAUUUAUAGAACACUUGUCUAUACAAUCGAAGUUUAUAGAUUAAUUGUAUAAACAAUCGAUGUUCUUGUGUAGAAGACUGCUGCUUCAUCAAAGCAUUGUGAUCCAAUACGCUUUUUAUUUGUAUAUUGUAAAAGUAUGUACUUUUAGUUUUGUAUGUGGAGAAUAAAAUGUCGGCUGAUAUUGCUAAAUAUUUUUCUAUUAUACAAAGUGUAAAUUAAAACCAAAAUAAUACUUCA